GAUAAACACAGGAAUAUUAAAAAAAAAAAACGAGUAGAGUAAUUGAAAGCGGGUAAAUUCAAUUAUUGUAGUGAGUAGUAAUAAUUUCCAAAAAAUAAUUAAACCUUUCAAUGGAUUCUGAACAAAAAGAGGAGAAAACUGUUCUUGAUAGACGACUACAAAAUAUACUAAAUAGUUUAUCGAGGUGUAAAAUUGAUUUUAAUAAUGAAAGUGAAGAGUGUAAGAAAUUACGCGAAAACAAUGUUAAGUUGGAGCACGAACUGAAAGAAAUGCGGGAAAUGGAGAAGUCACAUCGUUAUCAUUUAUUGACGUCUCGCGAAAUGAUUGGAAACCUACAGGAGACUGUUUCGCAACUUGUUUAUCUCAAAAGGGACUUAAAGAAAAUGAAGGAACAGUUAGCUACAAAGGAUUAUAAGAUCGCAGAUAUCGAAACGGAGAAAGAAAAUGCUUCGCUAAAACAAAACGAAAACGUUAUGAAGCUGCGCAACGCGUAUGAAAAACAAAUAGAGGAGUUAAAAGCUAGCAAUAAAAGGGAAAUCCAACAGAUGCAACACGAGUGUGACGGCCAGGUGGCCCAGUUUACUUGUGUCAUUGAAGAACUCAGGGCUAAGAUGAGAGAAACAGAAGCUGAACAUCGGGAUAAGAUUAAUGUGGUAGUCCUGGAGUAUGAGGAGAAGUUGCAGCGGGAGUCAGCCCGCGCGGCUCAGCUGCAGGAGGAACUGGCUCGGGAGACUACUCGCACCGACCUCAAUAUUGAAGCGUAUAGACGGCGUUUGGAGGAAUUAGAGGAGAAACUCAAACAGAGUCAGUUCAAGCAGUAUCUGCAAAGCAGUGCCAGCUAUCCUUCUCAAUACGAGAAUGUCGUCGAAAGACCAUAUUCUGUAAAUCGUGACCCCUACCCAGAUUGCUCCGUACAAGACACACCUUACCCUUUCGCCCCGUCCCAAACCAAGGCCCCAAAGUCAACAAACAGUUUGCAAGUAAUUUACUAUGACAAGAACGAUAAAACUCCAAAAGCGAAAAGUUCUGAGAAAAAAGGUCUCUUCCAUAUAACUAAGAAAAGGAAACUUUACAACGAAAAGGAUUUCCAAGAUUUUUAAUGUCUAAAGAAAAUGUUUACUUUUAAUUGUAUUGCUGAAGUUUUAAUUUAAAUAAACUGCACGUUCGUCUUUUAUUUUUCUAAUGUUUAAAUUCCGAGAAGCUUUUCUUCACAGCGUGCUUCAAAAGAAUAAUUACUUUAGGUUGUUAUACGUGAAUGCGAUAAGACCUUUCUAGAACAUGUUUAACAAUAUUAAUUAAAAUCUAUUACAAAAACCUCGGCGCGCCACAAUAACUAUUUGUAACAAAACACGGUUAGUAAUUAUGUUGGCGGCGGUGGCUCUUUCUAAUUUAGCCGUUGCUUUAUCUGAUACUUACCUACAUGUAACAGCGAAUAAGAAUGCGAUUAUGAAAAUAACUACAUGACUACAUAUUCAUAAGUUACAUCACGAGAUGACCUACAUAUCGUCGUUUAAAGCCUACCCACUUCCUCUGAAGCGUGAAUCGCUUUAUUAACCACACUAUUUGGUUAGUAUUAAUUUAUUCACUGUAAUUACAAGUAAGCAUGAAAUACUUAAGUGGUGAGCCAUUAAAACAGUUUGUUCAUGCAAUUUUUGGCUAAUUUUAAAGAUUAAUUUAAACAAAUUACUUUAAAGUAGCGAAAACAGAAGUCGAACACAGUCAUGCUGCUUAUACGAUUACGCAAGUUCGGCAACGUCUUCUAAUUUGAUAUGUAAAUAUAAACCGAUAUCUUUUGGUUUAAAAUUGAAUCACAUUAAUGAAAUCAGAAAAACAACAGAUCAGAGUAAAAAACAAGAAAUGAAAGUUAUAGAAAUAGCAGCGUUCAGUACAAAUAGGCAUAAUGUUAUACUGUCUAGCAGUGAAAGUAUGGACAGAUGGAUGUAUGGCGGAGCUUAUCGACUAGGCUCGCGAUCUAAUGAAAAUGUUGAAAGUUAACCACACUGUAGGAUAAUAUACAAAAUUGAU